UGGCAGUGGUGACAGGAGGCGGCGGGAGUGGAGCUGGGACACCGGGAGUGGCGCUGGGACACCGGGACACGGGUGGCGCUGGGACACCGGGAGUGGCACUGGGAGCGGGGUUGGAACUGGGAAUGGGGGUGGCACUGGGACACCGGGAGUGGCGCUGGGACAGCGGGAGUGGCACUGGGAGCGGGGGUGGCACCAGGAGCGGGGACAGGGGUGACACUGGGAGCGGGGUUAGCACUGGGAAUGAGGGUGGCACUGGGAGCGGGGACAGGAGUGGCACCAGGAGCGGGGACACAGGUGGCACUGGGACAGGGGUGGCACCGGGACACCGAGAGUGGGGACAGGGGUGGCACUGGGAGCAGGUGGCACUGGGAGCGGGGACACAGGUGGCACUGAGACACGGGUGGCGCUGGGAACGAGGGUGGCACCGGGACACCAGGAGCGGGGACAGGGGUGGCACUGGGACACCGGGAGUGGGGACAGGGGUGGCACUGGGACACCAGGAAUGGGGACACAGGUGGCACUGGGAAUGGGGGUGGCACUGGGAACCAGGAGCGGGGACACAGGUGGCACUGGGAGCAGGUGGCACUGGGAGCGAGGACAGGGGUGGCACUGGGACACCAGAAGCGGGGACACAGGUGGCACUGGGAAUGGGGGUGGCAGUGGGAGCGGGUGGCACUGGGAAUGGGGACAGGGGUGGCACUGAGACACGGGUGGCACUGAGACACGGGUGGCACUGGGAAUGGGGGUGGCGGCACUGGGAGCAGGGACAGGGGUGGCACUGGGACACGGGGGUGGCGCCGGGCACGGGACACUGGGAAAAGGGGGUGGCACCAGGAGCGGGACACUGGGAAAAGGGGGUGGCACCGGGAACGGGCACGUGGCACCGGGAAUGGGACACCGGGAACGGGGACAGGGAUGGCACUGGGACACGGGUGGCACUGGGACAGGGGGGUGGCACCGGGACACGGGGGUGGCACCGGGAACGGGACACCGGGAGCGGGCACGUGGCAGCGGGGACAACGGGCACAGGGACAGGGGUGGCACCGGGGACAAGGGAGAGCCGGGAGCGGGCACGUGGCACCGGGGACAAGUGGCAAUGGGGACAAGGGGCACCGGGAAUGGGGGUGACAUCGGGAAUGGGGGUGACAUCGGGAAGGUGGCACCGGGGCUGUGCGGACCGUGUCACCCCGCGGGUCGGGGACAGGCGACGCGGGGCUCGUGGGACGCGGGAGUUUGGCACCGCAGACCCCCCGAAAUGUCCCCAAAUGUCCCCAAAUAUCCCCAAAUGUCCCCAAACGGCCCCGCCCACAGCGCCCCCCAGCGGCGCCAACAGCCGCGCCCGCGCUGGCCACGCCCUCAGCUGUCAAUCAACGCCGAGACCACGCCCACGCGAAAGCUGAUUGGUUGCUGGCGGAGGGGGCGGGGCAGGAAGCGCCCAAACCGCGGCGGGAGUGGGGGGGGGGCUCGGUUUGGGGACCUCCCUCCCCCCCCCAUUGGGGGUCCCUAUGGAUCCUCCCAUUUGGGGACCCCAUAAAUCCGCAUUGGGGACCCCAUAGACCCCACUGGGGACCCCAUAGAACCCCAUAGAGCCCAUAGAGCCCCACAGAUCCGCAUUGGGGACCCCAUAGACCCCAUUGGGGACCCCAUAGAGCCCCAUAGACCCCAUAGAGCCCCACAGAACCCAUUGGGGACCCCAUAGACCCCCAUAGAUCCCAAUGGGGACCCCAUAGAGCCCCACAGACCCCAUAGAGCCCCACAGAACCCAUUGGGGACCCCAUAGACCCCAUAGAGCCCAUAGAACCCAUUGUGGAACCCAUAGACCCCAUCGGGGACCCCAUAGAACCCCAUAGAACCCAUUGGGGACCCCAUAGACCCCAUUGGGGACCCCAUAGAGCCCCAUAGACCCCAUAGAACCCCACAGAACCCAUUGGGGACCCCAUAGAGCCCCAUAGACCCCAUAGAGCCCCACAGAUCCGCAUUGGGGACCCCAUAGAACCCCAUAGACCCCAUAGAGCCCCACAGAACCCAUUGGGGACCCCAUAGAGCCCCAUAGAACCCAUUGGGGACCCCAUAGAGCCCCAUAGA